UGUCUUUGAUACGCGACGGACGACACUGAUCGUGUCGCGAUGCACGAAUGUGUCAUGUGACACGCGGAAUAAGCGUAACCCUGGUCGCAGUGACACAUAAUUGACAGACAGACAGACAAAGAGAGCGAGCGAGAGAGAGAGAGAAAGAAAGAGUGGGGGGGAGGGAGAGAAAGAAAGAAAAAGAAAUAAUAUACAUCGACACAACGAAAGCGAUUGAGGCAGAGUGUGUGUGCGUGUAUGGGUGUGUGUAUGUGUGUGUGUGUGUACGCGAUUAGUUUGUAUAUGGCAACCGUUCCCAUGCGUAUCUGUGCGCGCGAAACUUGUGUACGUCGUUGUUGUCGUCGUCGUCGUCGUAUCGGUGGCAGAUUUUUCCUUCCCGUCCAAUUUUCGGAAACUUUGCAUCAGCCAUUUCAUGAAACCGUGCACAAUUAUGUUACCGGCUCGAUACAAAAAUAGCAGAAAUACAACUGCCUCCAUCGACAAAUCCAGCGAUAUAAGUGAGUCCAUAAGACACUGGGCCGGAUCUUUUGCAAACGGCUAGGACACAUCGUUGGGUAACCAGCCAGAACCCACGGUCGAGCACCAUAGUCGGUGCUUGGCGGCUUUGUCCGUAUUUCACGUUUGGUGGCAGAUAGGUAACAAGCAAAAAAACAAAUACGACAGAAAAAAGAAAAGGGACAUAGUGAAAAAGUUGUGUCUCCGCGGGAGCACGUGGAUACGAAUGACAAAGGAAACGUUGUCGUCCGCUGUAGUGUCACGAAUUACUAAGAAUACGAAAAAUAAUCGUAGAUUGGGAUCUCACGAAGAUCGGCCAACAGGACAUGGGAAUUUUUGAUUGUAUGCGUGAAAAUCGUCACGUUACAGGUCAUAGGAAUGAGGGAACGGGUUUUGACGUGGAACUCGUGGUGGUGGUUAAUCGUUGUUCUCGCAGCAGUGCACGUCGUGGAUACGCAGGAUCAUCGUCAUCAGCUCUCGUCGACGGACUCUGGGAAAUCGUCGAGUAUAGAAUGUGCUACGGGUUGCGAAUGCGUGGACAUUGGAGAGGAUUUGGUCUGCAAGGAUCGGAGUUUCUUCGGGCUUGGCUUACCGAGACAGGUGACAAACGUCGCGUUAAGAAACGUCGCAGCUGCUACUAUACCCGUUGCAGCCCUCAAAGAUUCCAUUCAUCUAAAGAGUCUUGCCUGGACUUUGAGCGGAAUACAGCGAGUCGAGUCGGAUGUAUUUCGCGCGACGACGUUGCUCGAGUAUCUAAACUUAGGUGACAAUAGGCUGGCGGAAUUGCCGUCGGACGUCUUCCAUCCGUUACAUAAACUGCAGUACCUGAAUCUAACAGGAAAUCGUUUGAGCGUACUCCCACGAGUACUGUUCCAAGGUUUGGAUCGUCUUGAACAGAUCGGUUUGUCGCGAAAUCGUCUGUCGGUACUUCCCUACCAAGCGUUCGCCUCGUUGAAAGCACUGGUCCGGUUGGACCUGUCCCAUAAUUUGUUGGUGUCUCUGCCGGAUCACAGCUUCAGACCCAACAGGCGCCUUCGAGAACUCGGAUUGUCUGGCAACAGGCUGACCAAACUUCCAUCUCGGUUGUUUUCCGGGCUGAGUCAAUUAAAAACCUUGGAGCUGGCCAACAACGAGAUCGACACGAUACCGCGCGGUUUUUUCGCCGAUCUUUCGUCCCUGCAAAACCUCGAUAUCUCCGGGAACCCUAUUACCCACUUGUCUAGCACGACGUUUCAAAGCCUAUCGAAUUUACGAUGGCUCAACUUGAGGUUUCUACCGAUUACGGUGCUUCCACAGGACGUCUGGCACCCGGUCAGGAAGCUACGAGUCCUGAUGUUGUCCGGGGCGAGGCUAGAGAUUCUCCGCAACGAAGAUCUCAAGGGAUUAGAGAAUCUGGAAACUCUGGAAAUAAACCAAAGCCCUCUGCGAGAGAUUUCUCGGCGCACCUUCGAUCGCACACCGGCCCUUCGUAAGAUCGAUUUACACGACAGCAAUCUGACCUUUCUCCCGGCAAACGUUGCACAGCUGUCGUCUCUGAACGAGUUGCAACUGCAGGGGAAUCCAUGGGCCUGCGACUGUCGUAUGUUUUGGUUCGUAAAGUGGGCCGAAAGCAAGGCACAUCUACGAACCGCGUUCCAAAGUGGCUUCAGAUGCGGCGAUGAGAUCGACGGGGCAACCGAUAUCCUUCAAACUCUUCGUUACUUGAACUGCACCCCGCCGUUCUUGGCAUACGCCACGCCCGCUCAGCAAUAUCUCUUGUUGAACUCCGUGCUUCUCGAGUGCGAGUUCAACGGCAAUCCCACCCCAUCGUUAACAUGGGUCACGCCGACUCUUCAGGUAUUGCACUGGAAUCCCGAUCCAGCUUUUCCCGACGCUUUUGUCGAACAUCCUCCCGUACACGGAUGGGAACAAACUGUACCGAUCGUUGACGAUGCCCGAAUACGAAUCCUCGAUAAUGGAUCUUUGUACAUCGCGACGUUGCUCAGGCAGGAUGUCGGUCGAUACAAGUGUUUCGCGGUUAACCCGAUUUCCAAUGCCACUACCUAUAUUAGUUUGCAGAUGAAUCCAAUAACCUUACACAGAAUCCAAAUCAUCAGCAUCUUGGUAGGCGCCGCGAGUGCUACGGCCUUUCUUCUCUUAACCCUACUCUUCCAACUGCUACGUUAUCUCUUGGUCAAGUGCGGCUGUCUGAAGUGGUGUUCGUGUUGUAGACACGUCGGUUCUACGCCUCGUGCCAAACAAAUUUACCAAAUGCUGGAUAGCAUCGAGCAAUACAAGAGUCAGCAACUGGAAAAGUUACGUGAAAAUUACACCCAACAAGUGCACAGGAUAAAAGAGAAUUGCGCUCAACAAGUGGAAUGGAUUCGUGACAAUUACGAAGGUCAAAUGAGGCACAUAAGGGACAUCAGAGACUAUGGAACGAGCCAUCUCACGGCACUCAGAGAUCAGUAUUACGAUCAGGUGAAGAAAGCACGGGAUUACUCGACCGGCCAGUUGAAUUGGGUACGAGAAAAUUAUGUCUUCCAGCGUAACAAAAUAAGAAAAUUCAGCACCCAUCAGGUAUUGCGGCUGCGCGAAAGCUACAAAUACCAGCAGCAGACGUUGAACAAAGUCCUGGAGAAUUUACCUAGCUUCUACUUUGACAAUUGCCGAAGCGGUUCUUGCGGGAAAAGCGACUCGAUGGUGUUUCAUCCGAAAGACGAUGGUUCCGUUCGCGUGGACAUGUACUUCAAAGCGAAAAUCAACGACCUGGCGAACGGUGUAAGCUUCGAAGAUCUGAAUAGCGAGUACUAUACGCCAACGGAACUAUCAUCGACUAGUCCACACGGCGCUAUGAAUAUGUUGGAUGGAAUUCAUAUAAAUUACAUCGAAGACAGUAGUCCACCGCCACGAUUUGAUCUACUCUCCAAUGGAGGAAUCAUCCCUCAUCCGAUCGUGUUGCACAGUAUCGAGGAAGAUGGCAGUUCGUCGUCGGUGUACAAAGACGCGGAUCAUGAAAAGCCGGUUUUCAAAGGCUUCAGUACCGAAACUUUAUCCAAUGAGCCUAAAGAUUCAACGGAGGUUCUUGGUCUGUUUAUACCUAGCACCAGUUUACCCGACCUACCGCACGAAACAAAACUCUAAACAACUCGGAACAAGUGAUUAAGGGUACUAACCUCUCUUUAUAGGAGCAGAAUUAUAAUUAAGACGAGAAUGUACUGCCACUGGAUAAUUACGUGAGAAAAAUAUUAUAUAGAAGUGCCUCUACAUCGGUAAGUGAGGAUGUAUUCGCGUGGAUAAACGGUGGUAACUUUUUCUUGUGGGACUAUUCCAAACGACAUUAUUAUUAUUAUUAUUAUUAUUUCCCUGCCCCCCCUUUUUUUCUUGUUUAACUCAUAAUGAGAGAUCGUAUACACGUGUAUAUACACCUUUGAAAAUGACGAAAGAAAAACGCCUGCGAACAACAAAGGAACAGGACACGCAUCUGCAAAUAUCGAUCGUGGAUGGGUCUACGUACGUUAUCCAAGGAGAACGAACAGACAAAAAAUUGCGGACAACUUUCAAGGAUUCUUUCGUGAUUCGAUCGAUGACCUUGCAAACUGUUCGUGCUUGUUUAUCGUUAUCGUGGUAGUUAUCCUAUGUCGUCGACAUCGAUGAUAACGAUGGACGAUCUUUUAGAAGAAGGAGCUAAAAAGAAUCGUAAGAUGUCGUAAAUAUUACGCUCAAUCUGCCGUAAUGCCAACUUUGCUGAAAGUAAUUAGGAAAAAUAAAGAGUAAAAAGGCCGACGCGUGUAUUUAAUGGUUCCAUAAUGAUUUCGCUGGUCUGAACGAUUUCGAACGAAUCGAUUGAUAUCGUAGGCGUGCGAUUAUCAUAUUUAAAAGAAAGACUGAACCGCGAUCGGUAAACGCGUCGUUGACGGUUAUCCGAUCGAUCGAUGCUCGAUGAUAAAACCGAUACCGCAUUUGUUGUUCCGUUUAGAUUCCACUCUUUUCUCUUUGUUUCAAUCUUGGUUUCGAUAGAUUAAAGUACGGCAUUUGAAAGUUUCGUAGCUCUUUCGUAAUCAAUAAAAUACAACAUGUUCCAAUAAUAGAAAUACACAAUUAUUUCAAAUGAGAAGAAAAAGGAGAGACAUUAUUCUGCCGAGAAAAGAAAGAACGUACUUAAUUAUCAUAUCCAUAUUCGCUCCAAAUAAGUCAUUUGUAACGUUUACGAAAGGUAUUAAAAUAUCUUUAACGCAUCAAGCUAUUUACGUUUUUUAAAGAUUGUUCGACGGAUGUAAAGGAAUUUCGAAUAGGUUUUUACUUUUCUCCUGUUUAAUUACGAACCCUAUUCGCCACGUCUUCCUGCAUUCAUUUCAAACUGACUUUGACAAGUUAGAUUUUUCAUUGUAUUAUUCAAUUAAAAAUAUUACUCGUUAUUACUCGCAACGUUAUAGAAAAUUAAAGAAUCUCUCGAAAAGAUUGAAUAUCUCGCACGCAUAAUAUUACUAUCGGACACUCGGCAAUUCAGAGGCGUUGAACAGAAGAAUAUUCUAAUCGCGAUAAUCGUGAUCGCGAAGGUACGAUAACGACGGUGCAAUUUAUCACCGUACAGUUCCGAUGGCGUAUGCCGUGAUCUCCGCCGAAUGACUUCCUAUUUUCCCUAUUUACUUUUACACGAGUAAACGUUCAAAUCAUGGAGUCCGAGGAACUUGGACAAGUUUUAAAUAAUUUCGAUUACAUACAGAAAACAAAACUCGUCGAAAUAACGUUUCAACGAGUUGUUUCUUACGCUAAUGCACGGUAUUGUAAAAUAACAGCUUUUGAUGUGACUACAUUUCAUAUUUCAUUUAAUGAUAACUUAAUUCGUACAGAUAAUCUGUUAACUUUUGCUCGUACAGAGAACAAUUUAUAAACUUUAUAUUAUCUGUUCCGAUCUUACGGUAUUUUAUCACCGUAAUUGACCCCUCCCCUCCGCCCUUUGUACUCUACUGGUACUGCCACGGCGUCGUAUAUAAUAUACACCAUGAUUCGGGUCAAAUUCUAUUUAUGGUAACGCAAACUGAAUUAACGAAAUAAACGAAUAAAAUUUAAAUUAAAACUUGUAGUCUCUAGUCGCUUUAAUUAAAAGAAAUCUCAGAGUGCAAAGAAUUAAAGGCACAAGAAGAAAUAAGGAUGCAAUUGUAAAGACAGUUGCAAACAUACGUGUUUACCAGUUAUGUAACACGCUAUUUUUUUUAUUGCAAAUGGUUAUUCUUUAUUGUAAUUGCAUAUAAUGUGAUGUGAUGUGAUGUGAUGUGAAGUGAUGUGAUGGAAUGCCGUGGACGAACGAAAUACAAAAUAUAACAAUAGAAAUGUUACCGAAAGAUAUAUAGAUAUAGUUAUUUGCAAGUAUGAUUGGUUUAAAUAUAUAGACACAAUCGUCAUAGUGUCAAAGAUGCGAGCAAGUUGUUUAUGCAAACAUUAUUUGGUUAAAUUGUUAAUUGUCGAGAUCUUAAAGUUACUUUAAUCACUGUUGCUUGUAUAGUGAACAAAAAUUAAUAUGAAAAUUUGAUUAUUGAAUUGAAAUUACAAAAAAAAAAAAUAAUAAUAAUAAUAAUAAUAAUUACCAAGUUCAGUUUCAUUUUUUAAAGAAUUAUACUUUCGUUAAAUUUAUGUUACGGUGCGCUCCAGGUCGAAUAACACGAAUCUGCUAUCAAUCAAUCCUUUACAAGAUAAUUUUACGAAUUGAUCACCUUUUCGUCGUAGAAUAGUGGAUACUGAACCGCGAUAUACUGGUGUAUUCUACUACAUCGAUGUGUGAAACAACAAACGAGAACAACAAACAAAAAAUAUAUAGUUCUAUGAUACUAGAGAUGGACAAAAUUUUAUUCGAAUAAUAAACAAACGAAAAAAACAAAAAACUAUGUAGCGAUAUUAGCGAUUUAUUCGAUCGUUUACUCGGACAAUUAUUCCGAUUUCAUUAUUCGGCAUCAUUAUUAUUAAACAAAUAGAGGAUAAAAAUUUGUUUAUAAUGUGAUCAUUAUUCAAAAUUUUCUAUCUAGGCGAGUAUUUUGUCCAUCUCUUAUACGGUACUGAUCGAUACGAAAUGUUAAAUUGAUGAGAAAGAGCACAAUUCAAAAUUUUGCAUGACUUAUAAAGUAUACCUAAUAAUCUUACAAUAGACUUUUGUAUAUAACAUGUAGCUGUGUUGAAAAAAUACAAAUAAUCUUUAACGACUGAACAAAUAUUCGACUGUACUAUCAGGUUUCUCGUUUGAAAAACCAAACAUUUUCUGUAUAAACAACUUCGUAAUGUUUCCAAUCGUCUAAAAACAAUUUAAUAUGUAUAUGUAAACAGUAGCAUACUAUAUAGCAGUGUCUCUCAAAUUAAGGUAGCCUCUCAAAAAAUAAAAAAAAUCAUAUUAUCAACUUCUUCGCUUUAAAGUCAUAUUUUAAUCUCGUUAAACGCAUCGAUUAAACAGUUUGCUGUCGACGAUAGCAAAAAACACAACAACCGAAACUUGAAGUUAAACAACUUAAAAGUUUAGAAUAACACAUACAUGUAUUUCAUUCUGCUUCUUAAGGGUAAUAAAUGUUAGCUAAUUUUAUUGAAUUUUCCAUUUAACGAAAACAAUAAUUUACCGUUAAAUAGUAGAAAAGAGAUUAAAUUGAUUACACAUUAAGAAAAUGCUAAAAAGAAUAAUAAUUUACUUGUAAUUUAGGAGGCUUACCAACAAAAUUCCAUUAUUAAGGGUAUCCGUGGAAAGAUGAGAUUCGGAAAACACUGCUAUAUAUAAUUUACGAUAAAUCGAACGUAGGCAUAUGAUAACAUAAUUCGAUCCACAGAACUAUCUAGGAAUUUGAAAUAAUGCAUCGAAACACACAAGAGUGCCUGGGUUUCUUCCUUUUCCCAUCUUUCUCCCUUUCCCCUCCCCUCAAUCCUUCAACCGUAGCGCCCCCACCACGUUGCAUAGCGUCGGAACAAGCAACAACUAGCUAACGCGAGUAGCUACGCUAACGUUAUUUUUGGAUCGUUUCAGCGCCUUUGAACAGAUAAAAUUUUAUCAUCCCUCGAAAACUGGGACGUCGAGACGCGGGAAAACCUGCAGAAAUACGAGCCAGUACCCAGGCUAAAGAAACUGUCGUUACAAAUUACGUUAUCGGAAACUUGUUCAAUCACGUGUAACGUGUAACGUGUAACAAUUGUUAACAAAGUAAAUAAUGUCUAGUAUUACUCGGUGAUUGACGGAAAUUUGUAUGCCUUAGCGACGGCUAGCCAAAAGUAAUAUUUCGCAAGAUCUCAAUUAGCGAUUAUAAAUCUAUUUUCGCCUACUUGGGAGGAUUACAAUACCUGCGCGAUAUUUAAAUUUUAUAUAUAAUAGUAUUCCAGUUUGGUAGUGUAACGAAUUACAGUGUUGUCCUACUCUAUCCGAUUCAAGAAAUUACGACCAGCGAUACUUUCAAAUUUUCCAUUUAUAAUCAAAGUGUCCUAUUUCUAAAGGACCAACCUGUAUACAAUUUCGAAAAAAUAUCAUAGUAAUCGUCUAUGAAGAAUGCAAUUCUCAUAAUCUGAACAUUUUAUCGGACCUUGUAUGUCCUUGCAUGUGAGUAUCCGAGAGACCCACUCGUAUGCGAACAAAAAUUUCCGAAACCCCACUCGGCCAAGUCCAUAAUUUUCGAUACUUGUGUUUCCGUGCAAAUUUAUUAUUCUUAAAAUACUAUUUUGUUACAGAUUACUCGCGACUGAUAGUUGCAGAAACAUGAGAAAUUAUCUCCAUAUUGCUGGUUUUAAUUAGUUUCUAUUUAUUGUCAGAAAUGUAUUAUUAAACGAGCAAUGCAACAUUUUUAUCAAUUUUCACGUUUUGCAUAUACCGUUGUGAAAUUUCGCUUGUUAUCCUCGAGUAAUUAUCUCGUUGGAAGUACGAGGCCACAAUUCGAAAAAUGAAUAUAUAUAUAUAUAUAUAUCAGAUGUAGAUGAUCAUCCAAAUGAAAAUACAGAAAGAAAUUAUUUCUAUGGUAACUUUUACAAGUCUGAUGAUUCCUCAAAGUAACAGGGCACGAGAACACAUUACUUAAUUACACUAUUAACUAUUAAAGGCUGAACAAAUGAAAUCACAUUAGGCACCCGGUAAAUCGACCCUUGUAAACGUUUCUUUAUCGAUAAUGCUAUAUUGUAUUCAGGGAUGAUGCGAUCUUCUGAAUGGUUUUCAAAAUUAACUGUAAGGUUGAUCGUCACCGUUAAACAAUCAGUGUUACUCUUAGAUAUAUGAGAUAGGUGGAAACGAACGUACUUUAUCUGAAAACCACUCGUCAAAAGCAGGCUGUGAAGUAAACACCAUGAACGCAUUUCUCAAGGAAGAUAUUACGUACUGUGUUAGCGAAGAGAAAGAUAAUGCGCGUGUACACUAUAUCUCGUUGCAUUAGAUUACUCGAACUGCAUAACAACUUAUCGAUAUCCUAAAGUUCCUCUAACGAAAACACGAUUUUUCGCGAAAUUUUUUUAGUGCUUUUGGUAGUCUGUAUUUUUUCGUAUUUGUAAAUAAAUUUUCCAAUGGUAAAUACAUGUUACAAAUGCAAACAAAAAUUUGUAAAUCUACAUUUACUAUGACAGAAAUAAUAUUGAUACUUUUAAAGAAAACGAAAACAUCUUAUUUACGUCACGACUUUUCCGACUGCAAAACAGAAAAUGAAAAGUUCUGAAACUUUCAACAGAUAAAUAUCUAGAUUUUCAUCGAAUAAAAGGUUCGAUCAGGACAACGAAUUGUUGAAUUGUUCUAUGAUUCUAGUACCCCUGUCCCUGUACUCUUCACUCGUCCGACAAAUGAUUCAUUUUUUUCAUAAUCAUCUUAACGUUUUCAUUCAAUUAUAAUAAACGUUAUCCGUUAUAUUUUAAGCAAACAAAUUAUUUUGAAAACGUGCUCAAUUUACAGGAUAAUUAAAUAAACAAGAUUACUUCUAGAA